GGCGCGGCGCAGCAUGGCAUGCUGGGACUUGAAGUUCCUCCUGCGUCUCCCGCCAGUUCGCGGAGAGAAGAAAGAACUACGACUCCCGAAGACUCGUACAGCCCGCAACCCUGAGGCUACCGGAAGCUGGGCGGAGCGACCGAGGAUCUUCACAACAUCCGGGCCCCCACGCCUUCAGCCGGUUGCCACGGAGACGGGCUGCCACACGGGAAGACUGAGGGUUUCCACCCACCCUCUCCCUGCCAAGAAAUUGCGGUUUACGCGCUCCGAUCGUCCUGGCUUCAUCGUUGCUGCUGCUCUCAGUCGAUUCUGUAAGAAGACUGGGCCCUACGCCUUUGCCAGACUUCUCGCUAGCAGAAAAGAGUUGCUUUUGCCGAAGAGAUUAAGAUGGAGAGAGAGACAGACUGCGAUUUGACAGGUCCUCCUGUAUCCCAUGAGAUGGCCUGUCUCCCUGAGAUGACCCUCUGGUCCUCUGUGUGAUUACUCGUAUGAGCCAUCAUUGCCAGUUCGUGUGGUGCUGGAAAUAGACUUCAGGGCCUUUUUGUAUGUUAGGCAAGCAUUCUACCAACUAAGCCACAUCUUCAGCCUGAUAAGAAAACUUCUUUGACUUCAGAUGCAGAAAUGAGACCUGAACCACCAGCUCCAUGCGUGAACCCUGGCAACCCUGUGUUUUCCUGUAUGUUGGACCCCAAGACAUUGCACACAACCACCUCACUGUCCAAACCCCAGAUGAUUAUGUACAAGACCAAUGCCAGCCAGUACGGGGCCUUCUCACCCAGGCCCUUCUUCUUUCCCUGUAAGUACCUGCCACAGGAGCAAGAGUUUUCAGAGCACCUUAGAGCAACUGGCUUUUAUCAAAACAAUGGCCUAAAUACUGGCCCUGACCGAACCAGAACCGUUGAUUCUCCUAAUUAUCAACACACACUAUGAAAAUACAUCCUUCUGAUAAUUGAAGAGAAAAUGUCCUGGGUGAUACAAGUUUUUAAGUCUAGAAUACCUGAUUUUGAACAUUUGAAAUUUAAUAACUUUUAAUAAAAAAGAUACAAAUACAUGUUCUAAAAAUA